UCGCUCCUCCCCCUCCCUCCCUCUCUCUGCGCCUGCGCCGUUCGCCCUUUCCUUUCUUCUCGGCAGUCCGAGACACGCGACCGCCGCCAUGGGACACCAGCAGCUCUACUGGAGCCACCCCAGGAAGUUCGGCCAGGGAUCGCGCUCCUGCCGCGUGUGCUCCAACCGGCACGGACUCAUCCGCAAGUACGGCCUCAACAUGUGUCGCCAGUGCUUCCGCCAGUACGCCAAGGACAUCGGCUUCAUUAAGUUGGAUUAAAUACCUGUCUACAGAAGUGGUUUGAGGCAUCUGGCAAGCUGGAAUAUGUGGCUGGAUGAACUGUUCUUACUAUCCUUACCAUUGUAGAGAGUUGUCCACUCUGACUCUCAAAUAUUGUAAUUUAUGUUUGUUAAUGCUGAUGUGUUAAUUAUGUGACAGUCAUAUUUAAUACAGCUUGAUAUGUGAAGCUUAUUUGGUUUCCUUUGAUUCUUUAAUAAAAAGCAGUCAUCCUCAAAUGUA